CUUUUGCUACCCUUUCUGUAUCGUUUUGCGGGGAAGGAGACAUGAGGGGGAGGAGACAGGAAGGGGAGGAGUCAGGCAGUCUGGCUAUAAAAGGCGCGCAGAUCUACGGUUUACGAUAGACCGCGGAGGGAACCCAGCUCAGAGACGUCCCUGCACCGAAGUCUCGUCAACCGCCGCCAGAGCUGCGCACGACUCAGUCGGGAGGACCGACACUCGUCCGAGAAGCGCCCGUCGCACCGUCACCAGCACUGUCUGUACCCGACCCUCGUCAGGAAAGUCAAGCAACUGACAACUGUGAGCUACAUGAUGGGCCCACGAGUGGCGGUACCCGUGGGGCUGCUGGUCCUACUCGCUCUCGCUGCUGGCGGGACGGCUCAAGGUUAUUUGCAAAAGAUAACCUUUCCGGCUCCACGAAGCGUCAGUAACUACGCCAGGCUGGGGACACAUUGGCUCAGGACUUAAGAAGUUUUACUUUAUGUCUGCACAUGCGCACCGACAUGAGCUCCACCGGUCAAGCAGAUGUGGUCAGCUAUGCUGUGCAGGAAAAUUACAAUGAGCUACUCAUCUUCACUGCCGGAGGGAGCGGAUUCACAUUGACAGCACAAGGCAAAAUAGCUGCUCUUGGUGCCUUGCCUGUUUGGGAUGGUAAGUGGCAUGCAGUAUGUGCCACCUGGCGCAGCACCGAUGGAGCCUGGCAGGUCUACACUGACGGCGUUCUUCAGGCUUCCGGCUCGGGGCUGAACGUAGGAGGAAAAGUGCGCAGUGGUGGGACAUGGAUCCUUGCACAGGAUCAAGACACAGUUGGGGGAGGGUUCGAGCUGUAUCAAACGUUCAGUGGAGAACUGUCACAGGUGAACCUCUGGGACCGCGUGCUGACUGCAGCUGAGAUAGGGACAGACGUCUGUGGUCAACAUGGCAACGCGAUGGACUGGGAAACCACUGACAUAGAGGACUUUGGACUGGCCACUAGUGAUGAAUAUCACUGCGGUAAGUACCGAACUCAACUUAUUACCUUUGCCAAGACGUUCAUGUUUUUAGUUGCCGUGAUGCAGUGGCUAUGCUGUGGGUAGUUAUGUCUGUCAACAGCACUACAAUGGUACUUUAAUAAACGCUAAGACUUAUAUGAUGUGCAAAUAUACUCGCUCACUCACUCACUCACUC